AUGAAGAGAAUUGAUUUAUGGUUGGAUGAGUGGUUGAAAAUUAAGGAGGGGCCUGAUGACUAUAGUUGUGCCCUUUUUGCUAUAAUCUGCUGGGAAAUCUGGAAGUCAAGGUGCCAGUUCGUUUUUGAAGGUAAGGAGGUGGAUGCUAUUGGAUGUGUUGGCAGAGCUAUGAGAAUGGUAUGUGAUUUCUGGGAUGCAGAUAAUGAUAAGAAGAGGAGGCGUGUUUCUGAGACAGGGGUGGAAAGGAAUAAUGUCGAUGCUGCCUUCUGUAAGGAAAGAGGUAAGGCUGCCGUGGGAUUAGUAGCAAGGGAUGAUAAGGGAGGAUUUGUUGGGGGUUUGGGAAAAAAAAUUAAUGCUGAUUUGGUUUUCAUUGCUGAAAGUAUGACAGUAAUGGAAGCUUUGAAUAGCUAUGACAGAAUAGGCAAUUGUGAGGUAAUUGUUGAAACUGAUUGUCAAGUCUUAUUUGAUAAAUUGCAGAAAAAGGAGGUAAAGGGCUGUGAAUGGGGUUGUGAAGACAUCCUGCAGAAGUGUAUCUCAAUGCUACAGGCAAGGCAGAAUUGGCAUUUAUCUUUGGUUGCAAGGAAUGGGAACAAAGCUGCUGAUCUUAUGGCAGCUGAUGCUAUGAGGAGUAUGGUACCGAAAGGUUGGCUUUGUGAGCCACCACCUUCUUUGGAGUCUGUGCUGUAUCUGGAUGUGACGAACUCUCAUGAGGAUGUGGGGGAAAGAUCUGGCAUAGGCUAG